UGGCGUAUUCAUUUCACAGUAUUAUAUUGUUACUAAUGAUAUUAUAUUAUACAGUUUAAAUUAAUAAAACCAUUUAAACGUUGAAUAUUUGAAGCAAAAAUGAAGGAAACUACUGUUGUUUGGACCAAACUAUUUCUAUUCCUCAUAAUAUCAGCUGAACCUCUCGGUCUUAAAGCAGAACUCAAGGAAUGCAAGCAMCUCGGAAACAAUUCGUGUGUGAGUGACAGUGAAUGUUGUUCUGGUUAUUGUUAUAGGGAACCCGGUUGGGAAUUGGGAGUGUGUAAAAGGAUGCAUACUCCUGAAAACUUAGACGAAUCAAAUGAAGAAAAAAACAAAGGAAUAAAUGGCGGAGUAGAUGACGUUUUCGAAAGAGGCACUUGUGCGUAUUACGAAGCAAAAGAUAUUACUGCAAACGGUGAUAUAGUCAAUGACAGCGAAAUGACCGCAGCACACCAGACUUUGCCGUUCAACACGGUGGUUAAAGUGGAGAUUAUGGGUAGCAAUGUGGUGGUCAAGAUUAAUGACCGCAAGACUGCGUCUGAUGGAAACAUUUUGCUCUUAUCUCGUGCGGCGGCUGAGAGUAUAAAUAUCGAUGAGAAUACUGGCUCGGUACAAUGUCAAUUAAAAAUUUUGACCAAGGUGAGCUGCACUCCAAAUUUAGGAAACACGUGUGUACAUAACCACGAAUGUUGUUCACGGAAUUGUUUUAAGGCAAUGUAUUCAGAGGUAGGGUUUUGUCUACCAAAAUGAUUUGACGGAAGUCGAGUUGCAGUCCUGUUUAGUCACGUAGAUUAGCCGGUGUAAAUGAAGCAGUAUUAUAAUCCAUAACUUAAAGAUUCAGUUCCCACCGUUGAGUUAUAAACUAUAAUAAAGUAAAAUCGUGAACUAUUUUAGAAAUAAUAACUAAGUAUAAUUAUUUCUUUGGAAAUUGUCAAGUAUAAUGUAAUCGUUUUAUUUAAAAUAAAAACUAUUAUUAUAUAAGUAUAUUAGCAUA